AUGGUCAAAGGUGGAAAGAAGAACAGUGAUCUAAACACUGAUCUUUCAACCGGUUUCGAUGACAUUGAAUCUGCAACAACACUUUCAAGUUUAAUCAGUAGAAGUAGUAGUCAUGCAUUUGAAAGACAAAACUAUUUUAAAAAUAGAAAACUAAGUGAUCCAACUGAAUAUCUAGAUGAUAACAUCAUAGAAAGCAAUCAUCUUAACAAUAGCAAUAACAACAUUACUAAUAAUAAUAAUAAUAUUAUUACUCAUACCGAUCAUCAAAAUAUAUUAAAUACAUCAACAUCAUCAACGUCAUCAUCUUCAUUAUUAUCAACAAACAAUAGUAUUAGUAGUAGUCAAAAUAGUAGUAGUAGUAUUAAUAAUAGUAAUAGUAAUAUUCAAUUAAAUCAUAGUAGUAGCGGUAGUAGCAAUCAAAUACAAUUACCAAAAAUAGAUAUUAUUGGUGCACCUAAUAUCGACGGUCAUCAUCAUCACCAUCAUAGGUCUGAUGAUAAUGGAUCAUCAUCUUCACCACCAUCACCAACAUCUUCUUCACAUCAACUAUCGAAAUCAUCAGAGAUGAAGAAGAAAUCGAAUAAAUCAAGAGUUAGAGCGAUGUCUCUUGUCUCCACGGUACUUAUCAUCUCACAACUCUUAGGAAUCUUUAUGUUUGCACGUGGAUUCUUCCCAAGGAAAUCAUUAAUACAAGGUUACAAUAGUUUCGAUCAAUAUCCUUCUUCUUGUGUAGAUAAUAACAUUAAAGUUGAACCACAAUUUGAUAAAGUGGUGUUUAUGGUUGUCGAUGCUUUUAGAUCGAGUUUUAUAUUUGGUGAGGAUCAACUCGCUAUGAACUAUACAAAGUCGUUGAUAGACGCUGGCAAAACACAUUCUUUUAUUGCCCGAGCGAAUGCACCCACCGUUACUCUGCCGAGAAUCAAGGCGUUGCUAUCCGGUGGAAUACCAAGCUUUGUCGAUUUCAUCUAUAAUUUCAAUAGCAACGAUCUCAGAGAGGACAACAUUCUCCACCAAAUGAAACAAGCCAACAAAUCAAUGAUAUUCUUUGGUGACGACACCUGGCUAAAGCUAUUUCCAAAUCAUUUCAAACGUUCCGAUGGUACAACAAGUUUUUAUGUUGCUGAUACAGUUGAAGUCGAUAAUAAUGUAACUAGACAUUUGGAUGAAGAGUUUGAAAAUGACGAUUGGGAUGCUAUGUUUCUGCAUUAUUUGGGAUUGGAUCAUAUUGGACAUUUGGAAGGACCAUACAGUCCUUUGAUGGGUCCGAAACAAGAGGAGAUCGAUGGUAUCGUUCAGAGAAUUCAUCAAAACAUUGUAAGAAGAGAUCAACUGAAAAUGGAGCAAUAUCAUAAUGCAUCGAAAUAUGAUGAUUCCAUAGUGAAACCAUUACCAACUUUAUUUAUAUUAUGUAGUGAUCAUGGAAUGAAUGAAAUUGGAAAUCAUGGUGGAUCAACAGAUUCUGAAACAUCGGCUGUUUUAAUUAUGAUAAGUUCAUUUUCUUGGUCACUCUCGCCGACACACUCACAUUUCCACGAGAAUGCUGCCGGUCUCUACAUUCGAUUCCUCGACGGUCUGCAAUCGGAGUUCUCCGCGUUGCUAACGUCGUUCGACGAUGAUCUACUGCUGAUUGGUAUCCUGCUGAUUGGUUCUUCUGCGCUUGUCACUCUGCUUGUUACCAUUGCAACGAUUGCAAUGAACGAUCAUCAAGUGAAUCUUGAGAUCAAGGGUGUUGCUUUUGCUAUUGUUUUUAUCUUGUUCCUUAUCGUACUGCUUGGCAUACACUUUACAAUCACCUGUAUGAGUGGGGAGACUGAUUACAACUAUUUCUGUGAGGAUGAAUUCAAGUUUGGUGUUCUCAGUUUUGUAUUCACCGCACUAUCACUGCUGAUCGGAUUCAAUGUAUUCUUCUCAAAGAACAACCUCAAGCUGUUGACAUACCCAUCUCUCUCACCACUGCAACUCCGUAAAGAGAAAUAUAUCAUUAUCAUUGGAACUAUCAUUCAUUUGAUAAGUCUUUUCGGUAGUAGUUUGGUGGAGGAGGAGCAUCAAACUUGGUACUUCCUAACGGUUUCGGUCAUUCUCCUGCAGUUGGCACCUCACUCUGUCGCCAUACUCUACAAGAUUACCAAUCACAGUCCAAAGGUUUACAAAGAUAGUCUGAGACAGAUGUUCAUUCUCCUCGGUAUAUUGGUUGGACUUAGAGUAGUUAGAAUUUGGAAUCAAACUGGUAUCAAGUGGUUGGACGAUCAAGAACUGCUGCAUGAAUACACCUACAUCGAUAUGGCAAAGUUCUUGACUUCCAACAACAGUAUUUCACAUGCUACACUCUGGCUACUCUCACUUGUAUCCGUUUCAGCGCCAUGUAUAUAUGUAUUCAGAAUAUUAGAUAAACUUAAAUAUAGAAGAGGUGGUAUUAUAUCUCAAGUAAUUUUAUGUGCAGUUUCUAUAUUUUGUUAUAAAUGGGAAUAUAUUCCUGCUCGAUUGGUAGAAUCUGUUUUUAUUGCCAGAUUCGUAUAUAUUUGCGUUUCAUUUUUAAUGCUAAUUACCAUUACUUUUCCAUUCUUUAGUAAAAAUUUCAGCUCAAACACCAUCGUGGUUUAUUGUAACUUUGAAAUAUGUACCGACUUUGAUUGUGGUGAAUCUGACGAUGUUGUUUUUACUGUUGCACAAGACACACAAUAUGAUACCGGUCGAAGAGCAAGAAGUGGUAUGACUGGUGUUAUCGUCGGUCUGAUAUGUAUCAACUGGCUAGGUCAAUUCGGAUACUUUGCACUGGGCAAUUCCAAUUCGCUGUCGAGCAUCGAUAUCUCUGGUUCCUACACAGGUCUCAUUGAUUACAACCAAUAUUUAGUUGGUCUAUUAACAUUUGUAAUCGGUUAUUCCUCACCCAUCUUUUUCUUUUUCGUUUCGAUCUCUUAUUACUCUGGUCUUGCAAUUAAGAAUACAAACGAUAGUAUUAAUCAAAGUGAACCAACUUUAAAUACACCAAGAUCAAUCAAUGAUAUACUAGAUGAGUUACAAUGGUAUUCAUUGGUUGGUUCACUAUUGGAUUGCGGUAUAAAGUGGACCAAUGUAACAACAAUAACAAUGAAAUAUUAUUAUACAUAUAUAUUAUCUUUAUACUUUAUAUUAAAUAUUGCUGUAGCUUUAUCGAUUGAAAGUAAUAACAGAUUUAAGAAAGCAGAAGAUUAUGAAGUUCGUGGUAAACCUUUGAAUCAUAUCGAUUGGGAACAACAAUUGGUUUUAACAGAAUGGGAUAUAAUUGGACCAUUUCCAUCGGCUCCCAGGGAAGAUGGUAAUGAUGUUUUAGAUGCCUUUGGAGGUAUCACAGGCAUACCAAGGGGAGAUAAAUCUACCUAUCCAACUGACAUAACUGAUAAUGGAAGAGCAGGAUGGACACAUAUCAACGUUCCAGAUGGCAAUGUAAAUAUCAACUACAAUGAGACACAAGGUGUGAACUGGCCACUCAUCGAAGCAUGGGCAGGUUCAUCAGGUAGCUAUUUCGCUGGAUGGGCACUCUCUGAUUUCUAUCUAUACACCGAACAAGUAGUUGUUGUCCAAUGUCAAGGUGUUUCCAGAUACUAUAUCGAUGAUGUUCCACAAAUGGGUGAUUCCUAUGGUUCUGGAAUUGCAUUUGGAGGAUUAACUUUACAAGCUGGAAAUCAUACUGUAAGAGUACGUUUAAUUGGAUCGGAAGGUGUUGGAUUCUUUUGCUCUGUCCAAACCAUCGCAAAGACAUCACCACCUUUCUUCUUCUAUAUCAAUGAUAUUUUGGUGCCGGAUGUAGUUGGUGGUUCUUUCUCAUCGCCAUAUGUUUCCGUUACUGUUUUGAACCUUAUUGAUAUGCCACUUCAAGUUACCGAGGCAACCGCACCGUUCCCAUUCGAACUGGAGCUGAUCGAGAGAUUGGAACCAGUUGCCGUAGGACAAAUGACACCGAUCAACUUUAAGAUCUCAGCAGUUAACAAUCAAUUUAGUUGUGUCAACAAUCAGCUCUCCAUUCCAGUGGCGCUUACCACCGACGCCGGAAUCGACGACAUUUCCAUCCAAGUCAACUUUUCAUGUAAAGCAUUUGGUGAACCUUAUUUAUUUACUUUUUUGGAUUGCGAUAACUCUGUUCAGUAUGCUGCUGCCACUCCACCUCUCUAUGAAUGCGCCACCGGUAAAUGUCCAGUGCUGUUGACAUUGCACGGUGCCGGAGUGGAAGCGGCUUCCACCGCUUGGACUGGAGCUUAUCAACGUCAGAAUUACUCAUGGACAUUGUUCCCUACCAAUCGUCGUAACUACGGAUUCGACUGGCAAAACAUGGGACUGGUCAAUGCUUUCGAAGCACUCAAUGCUCUCGCUACCAAUUUGCCGGGUGUCCCAUCGAGUUUACAAUCGAAAUUUGGUGCCGAUCCUUAUCGUAUUCUCUACGCCGGUCACAGCAUGGGUGGACACGGAUGUUGGACUAUCUCCACUCACUAUCCAGAUAGAGCACUCUCCGUUUCUCCAGCAGCCGGUUGGAUUGACAUGUCGGUUUACUCACCGUUUUUCCUAAAGCUUGGAAACAGUUGGACAGAUCCUUUCGUUCGUUUCAUUCUAGAUGCAUCGAUCGGCGACUACAACAACGAUAUGUACAUUGGAAAUCUUGCCAACAUUCCAUUGCUCGCUAGAUUCGGUUCGAUCGAUGACAACGUUCCACCAUACCAUUUGAGAAGAAUGGUAAGACUAUACGAUGAAAUCAAUCACAACAGUUCCGCUGGUAUCAUUUCAGAGGUUCCGGGUGAAGGACAUUGGUUUAACGGUGUCGUAGACGAUGCAUUCAUGCAAGCUUUCUUCAAUGCCCAUGUCAAUACCAACAUUCCAUCGCUAGCAACCACUUUUACCGUAACAACUUUGAACCCCGCCACCUCUGGACCAAAAGGUGGUAUCAGUAUCGUGCAAUUCCUUCAGCCCUAUAGAGUCGCAAAAAUUAAAGUUACACAACAAACUUCGAGCAACUGGGUUCUAAUCACUCAGAAUGUUCGUCGUUUCGGAUUCGAUUCACAUUUCGGUCAAAAGCCAACCACCGUUGUUAUCGAUGGCCAACAAUUUAGUUAUGCCGCACUGCCAAACAGUCACUACUGUCAAUUGAAUCCAGGUAAAUGGCAGGUUUGCACCGAUCAAAGCUGGCUCUUCUCUGAACGUAAUCCUAGCAACUACGGUCCAGUCAUUCAAAUUCUUCAAUCGCCUAUCCUUUUCGUCUAUGGAACGACCGGAGAUAACAAUCAAACCGCUCAGUAUCUUCAAAUGGCAACCUAUCUCACCAAUCUAUUCUACUAUCAGGAGCGUUAUGCCAUUGAGAUUAUGCCAGACACUGGCUUCACAGUUGAUCUACUCAAUACCUACAACGUCGUGUUGUUUGGAGGUCCAAGAACCAACAAGGUUUCCAGCAACUUCCAAAGUGUAUUCCCAGUGAAGUUCUCGAGUGGUGCCACUCAGUCUUGGACCAUUGGAACCAACACAUUCAGUAGUCCACAAUCGGCAUUGCUAUUCCUCUCGCCAUGCACUCAGAAGAACAAUCAAUAUCGUCAGGGUUGCAUGAUGGCUGUUCUCGAUGGCACAGACAGUGUCGGUCUCAACAAGGCACUCACACUCUUCCCAACUAAAUCAUCGUUUGCCAUGCCAGAUUUCGCUGUUGCCGGUCCAACCUAUGGAUAUAGUGGUAGUGCAGGUCUUCAAGCACUUGGAUUUUGGAAUAAUUUCUGGCAAUAUGACAUUACCAAUAGCUAUGUAUCAUAUAUUCAACAUUAA